GCGGGGCCUCGGCGGAGGGAGGUGCCGGGGGCGCCGCCCACGGCCUCCUGGGCUCGGCGCGCGGGGCCGGGCUGCGGUUGGCCACAAGAGGCAUCCAUCUUCCCGGACCAGCCAGGCGUUUCCUAGCGGAGCAGGGGCGGGGGCUUGGACGGAGAAGGGCACAGGCCGGAGCGCGGUCCGCUCCCGCGAGCCUGGCCCCGCCUGGCGGAGCCCCGAGGAGCCACCGCCCGCAGAUCGCUAGCCGGGCGCCCGCGAGGCGCGAGCCGUGUGCGCACCCUCAACUUUGCUGCCGCCGGGGGCGCGGCUCCCGCGUGCGUGUGCGAGUGUGCCUGUCACUAGCGGCCUCCUGGGGGCAGCAGCGGAAAGGGGGACGCAGAGAAAGGCAGCCUCGGCGCACCGCGGCCAGGGAGGCAGAGGCCCCUCGCGGCGCCGGCUCUGGAGACCUAAACUCCGCCGCGGCUGUGCCCAGGGCGCGUCUGAGCGUCGCCGCCUUCACCCUCUCAGCAGCAGCGGGGACUCGCGUCAGGACUGCGUUUCCUUUCGCCUGCCGAGCUGUAGCGGCAGUGUCUGCGGGCAGAGGAGCGGCGGCCGUGGCAGCAGCAUCCCCAGCCCGGGCGGGACCCUUGAGCGCCGGAGCCGGCAGCUGGAGGCAGGAAGGGAGGGUUGUGGCGCCCGAGCGGGGCGCGUUCCCAGCGCCUGCCCUCCGCCGCUGGCCCUGUGCCGGGCGCCCGGUGCGGGUCUCGAACAAUGGUGCGGAGCGCCGGCGCGAGCCCCGCGCCCGCCCAGCGGCCGUAGAGGAAGUGGCCGGGCUCCCGGCGAGGUGGGCAGGGAGACGUCCCCCGCCACUCGCUGGCUGGAGUUUGCCUGCGCGUCCGGCCUCUCUAGCCGCGACCCCGGGGAUCCCCUGGGAUUAUCGACGGAGCUCAAUUUCGAGAGUAUGGUGCCAGCGUCCGGGCUAAUCUAGUCCUCUCUACUCGCUCCUUUUCCCCUCCUCCUACUUCUCCUCUCCCUCCUCCCUUCCCUCGGGUCGGCGCUGCCUCUGGAUUGCCUGCGUGUGGGAGUACAACUCUGCCUCUCCAAGGAGAACGGGUUGUGACCACUGAACAAAACUUGCCCAUUGAAAGCAAACCCGGAACAGCUGGAUAAUGUCCACCCCGAGCCGAUUCAAGAAGGACAAAGAGAUCAUAGCCGAGUAUGAAAGUCAAGUCAAAGAAAUUCGAGCUCAACUGGUAGAACAACAAAAAUGCCUGGAGCAGCAAACGGAGAUGCGAGUUCAGCUUCUCCAGGAUCUGCAAGAUUUCUUCCGAAAAAAAGCUGAAAUUGAGACGGAAUAUUCCCGGAAUCUAGAGAAGUUAGCAGAAAGGUUCAUGGCAAAAACAAGAAGCACUAAGGAUCAUCAACAAUACAAGAAAGACCAGAACCUGUUGUCUCCAGUGAACUGCUGGUAUUUGCUCCUGAACCAAGUAAGGAGAGAAAGCAAAGACCAUGCAACCUUGAGUGACAUCUAUCUGAACAAUGUGAUUAUGCGGUUCAUGCAGAUAAGUGAGGAUUCUACCAGGAUGUUUAAAAAGAGCAAAGAGAUUGCAUUCCAACUUCAUGAGGAUUUAAUGAAGGUUCUUAAUGAGCUUUAUACGGUGAUGAAAACAUACCAUAUGUAUCAUGCAGAGAGCAUCAGUGCAGAGAGCAAGCUGAAAGAGGCCGAAAAACAAGAGGAAAAGCAAAUUGGGAGAUCUGGUGAUCCAGUCUUCCAUAUUCGACUAGAGGAGAGACAUCAACGGCGAAGCUCUGUAAAGAAAAUUGAAAAAAUGAAAGAAAAAAGACAAGCAAAAUAUUCAGAAAAUAAGCUAAAAUCAAUUAAGGCACGGAACGAAUAUCUCCUAACACUUGAAGCCACCAAUGCCUCAGUUUUCAAGUACUAUAUUCAUGAUCUUUCUGAUUUAAUUGAUUGUUGUGAUCUUGGCUACCAUGCAAGUCUGAACAGAGCCCUAAGAACAUAUCUGUCUGCGGAGUACAACCUUGAAACCUCCAGACAUGAGGGCUUAGACAUUAUUGAGAAUGCAGUUGAUAAUUUAGAGCCCAGGAGCGAUAAGCAGAGAUUCAUGGAGAUGUACCCUGCUGCGUUCUGUCCACCAAUGAAGUUUGAGUUUCAGUCUCACAUGGGUGAUGAGGUGUGCCAGGUCAGUGCUCAGCAGCCAGUCCAGGCAGAGCUCAUGCUCAGGUACCAACAGUUGCAGUCCCGCCUUGCCACGCUCAAAAUCGAGAAUGAAGAGGUUAAGAAAACGACUGAAGCUACCUUGCAGACAAUACAAGAUAUGGUCACCAUCGAGGACUAUGAUGUUUCUGAAUGCUUCCAGCACAGUCGUUCCACAGAAUCUGUGAAGUCCACUGUCUCUGAAACCUACCUGAGUAAACCCAGCAUCGCCAAGAGAAGAGCCAACCAGCAGGAAACCGAACAGUUCUACUUCAUGAAACUCAGAGAAUAUUUGGAAGGCAGUAAUCUCAUCACAAAACUUCAAGCCAAACAUGACUUGCUGCAGAGGACCCUGGGAGAAGGUCAUAGAGCUGAAUAUAUGACUACAAGGCCUCCAAAUGUUCCCCCUAAGCCCCAGAAACACAGGAAGUCCAGGCCCCGCUCACAGUAUAAUACUAAGUUGUUUAAUGGGGAUUUGGAAACAUUCGUCAAGGACUCAGGACAGGUUAUUCCCCUCAUUGUGGAAAGCUGUAUUCGGUUCAUCAAUCUCUAUGGUCUUCAGCAUCAGGGGAUUUUCAGAGUGUCUGGUUCCCAGGUGGAAGUCAAUGAUAUUAAAAAUUCAUUUGAGAGAGGUGAAAAUCCUUUGGCUGAUGACCAGAGUAACCAUGAUAUUAACUCAGUUGCUGGCGUUCUGAAGCUCUAUUUCCGUGGGCUGGAAAACCCCCUCUUUCCUAAGGAAAGAUUUAACGAUCUGAUUUCUUGUAUCAGAAUAGAUAAUCUCUAUGAGAGGGCGCUUCACAUCCGCAAACUCCUCCUGACUUUACCCAGGUCGGUCCUUAUAGUGAUGAGGUACCUCUUUGCCUUCCUCAAUCAUCUAUCACAGUACAGCGAUGAGAAUAUGAUGGACCCUUAUAACCUGGCCAUUUGCUUUGGCCCAACAUUGAUGCCUGUCCCAGAAAUACAGGAUCAAGUGUCUUGCCAGGCACAUGUGAAUGAAAUUAUCAAAACCAUCAUCAUCCACCAUGAGACUAUUUUCCCAGAUGCUAAAGAGCUGGAUGGCCCUGUUUAUGAGAAAUGUAUGGCUGGAGAUGACUAUUGCGACAGCCCAUACAGUGAGCACGGUACAUUGGAGGAAGUGGACCAAGAUGCUGGUACAGAGCCCCACACAAGUGAAGAUGAAUGUGAGCCAAUAGAAGCAAUAGCCAAGUUUGACUAUGUUGGGCGGUCCGCCAGAGAACUAUCCUUCAAGAAGGGUGCCUCCCUGCUGCUGUAUCACCGUGCAUCUGAGGACUGGUGGGAAGGCAGGCACAACGGGAUUGACGGGCUGGUGCCUCACCAGUAUAUAGUGGUGCAGGAUAUGGAUGAUACGUUUUCAGACACUCUGAGCCAAAAAGCCGACAGUGAGGCCAGCAGUGGGCCAAUCACGGAAGACAAGUCCUCAUCCAAGGACAUGAACUCCCCGACAGACCGUCAUCCUGACAGCUAUUUAGCCAGGCAACGAAAAAGAGGAGAGCCACCCCCUCCAGUAAGGCGUCCUGGCAGGACCAGUGAUGGCCAUUGCCCGCUCCACCCUCCACAUGCCCUUUCUAACUCCUCAGUUGACCUGGGGUCCCCGAGCCUUGCCAGUCACCCCCGGGGCCUGCUGCAGAACCGUGGCCUCAACAAUGACAGUCCUGAGCGGAGGCGCAGGCCUGGCCAUGGCAGCCUGACCAACAUCAGCCGGCACGACUCCCUCAAGAAGAUCGACAGCCCUCCCAUUAGAAGGUCCACGUCAUCAGGGCAAUACACGGGCUUCAAUGACCACAAGCCACUGGACCCAGAGACAAUUGCUCAGGAUAUUGAAGAAACGAUGAACACAGCUUUGAAUGAACUCCGAGAACUGGAGAGACAGAGCACAGCAAAGCAUGCCCCUGAUGUGGUGCUGGAUACCCUGGAGCAAGUGAAAAACUCUCCCACCCCUGCCACUUCCACGGAAUCUCUCAGCCCUUUGCACAACGUUGCCCUCAGGAGCUCCGAGCCUCAGAUUCGACGUAGCACGAGCUCCUCCAGUGACACAAUGAGUACUUUCAAGCCUAUGGUGGCACCCAGAAUGGGCGUGCAGCUGAAGCCUCCAGCCCUUAGGCCAAAACCUGCUGUUCUUCCAAAAACAAAUCCUACCAUAGGACCUGCCCCACCUCCCCAGGGUCCAACAGACAAGUCUUGCACAAUGUAAAAACCAGCCAAGCAAGGCCAUAAAGGGAGGUGACUUAAAAAAGAAAAUGGAUUAGUGACAAAAGUCACUGAUCCAUAACUUUCCUUAGUUUUGUGCUUAUAACUGGAGAUCUUUUGGCUUUUCUAUGUUGUCGAAUGUAAUGUCUGAGACUAGCUAAAUUAACACGGGCAUUUGUAUUUUGUAAUUUUUUUAAAUAACUGGACAUAUGUCAUUUUAAGGACAAUAGAAACACUUAGACUUACUUGAAAAUCCAAUGCUGCACCACUUGUAAUGAAGGCAACACCGCUCUCCACAUUGUACAGAGCUUCAGGUUUAAUGUAGCCCAGCUGAGUCAGAAAGGUUGUGACCUGAAGGCAGAAGAACCCGAAUUCCACACCUCAUUGGAGUAUAGCCAGUGUUGGUCUGUGGCACUUGGGCUGAAAGGUGAUAAUGGCAUUGCGUGGUAGCUGACAAUGAGCACCUUCGGUUCCAUGUGGAGUGGGGUUUAGCUCAUGCAAAAGACUUGCAGUUGUCUCCAUGGGACGAUCCCAGUGGGACUGUCAGCCCACAGCUCGAGUGGGUUGGAUGCUUGCCUCUUUCCUAACAGUUAUUUCCCCGGGUCCAGCUUAAAGACUCGAUGGAAGGAGGUAGAACCUCUGCUGUUACUGCUUGAACUUAACCUGGGAAAGGAGAGGAAGACACCAUCUCCAAAGCUAUUAAUGUCACUCCUUUUGCGAGCAUGAUUAGGCCCCGGAGAUUUCCAAGUCCCCCCGUCUACACUUACAAACGAUUAGAAGGGUUUAAUUUUAAAGACUUUCUGGUUACACUACUCCACGAACUCCUCCAAAGAUCCGUUAUUCAAUAACUGCCUAGAAAAUGUUUCCAUCUCCUCUAAAUCCCUGUGUUCUCCUCUGUGGAAAUGAAGGCAGCAAGAAGCACCUGAGGCCUUGGUUCAUGCAGUGUUCUCUUUUGACUAAAUCACCUAGGUUCCUUUAAACAUGCUACAAAGCCCAGGCAUGGUGGUGCACACCUGUACUCCCAGCUACUCGGGUGGUUUACACAGGAGGAUGGCUUUCGGCCUAGUAGUUCGAGUCCAGCCUGGGCAGCAUAGUGUGAGACCCUGUCUCUUAAAAAAAAAAAAAAAAAAAAUGCUACAAAGUCCUGAUGAUCCUAAAUUUGAAAUCCCAACUGUUCUCUCCAUUUGUCUUUGAGCCAACCCUGAACUGGCCCUGGUACCUGAGUAAGAGCCAUGCAGGGCCAUCAGCAGAACAUGGCCUUGUGGUUCUCACCCAGUUGUGUACCUCACAACCACGACUUCUUUUUCUUUGUCCCUUUUCCCCUUUUUUGUUUUUGUUUUUGUAUGUGGGCUCUACAUAACUCCCAUAGUCAGCUGAACUCUCAAUUGGAGACCCUCUUUCUCUGGCAUCCUAGCACACAGGCAAUUUUUUAAGCCUAUAUUUAUGCUACAUUUUCCCCCAUCUUAAGAAAAUUUGCUUUGAUUUCCAUUCUCCUACUAGCAGCAGCUGAUAUCACCUGUAGACCUAUGAGCAUUUUAUCUAUUCUAUCAUUGAAGUUACUGAUAAAGAUUUGUUGUUGUUGUUGUUGUUGUUGUUGUUGUUGUU